AUGGGAGACCAGAAAUGGGCCCGGAAGUCUCGCAAGAGCCAACCAAGGCUGCCCUUGGUCACGUGCAGCUGGCAGGGUCUUCCGAGCAGGCCACGGGCGCGUGGCCAUGGAGCGCAGGCCCCUUCCACAGUCCUGUCAAUCUCCGCCCGCUCCGGCGAGUGCCACGGCGAAGCCUACACCUGCCCCAGGACCCGCGGCGCCGCCCGACCGGCUCUACCUACGGUGUUGCGCACGACCCCUCGGGGCUCCAUCUUCGAGGGAGUGGCGACGGUGGGAAGGUACUUGUUUACCACAGCCACCGUCGCAGCCAUGUUUGGCCUCACGACUGGCAUCAGGGCCCCGCUCGGCGAGAAGGUCGACGACCCCCUGAACGGCCUCACUGAGGGCUGCAGCAGAGGCCUGACCCUGGGAGCGCGCGCUCACGACCACGGGGGUACCACCACCGCCUGCGUGUACGGUGUGAGCCCCGCGGCCGCCCUGCUCACGAUGGGCCAGCUGCAGGGCUGCGAGCUGUCUGAGAAACCCAGGGUGUGA